AUGUUAAAUUGUAGUUUAUUAUCUAAAAUUAACCAAUGUAGUAAUUUCAAAUCGUUUAAUACAUAUUUUUUGAACGCUAUUCCCAAAAGGAAUGUGUCAAUAUACAAUAAAAUACAGCUGAUUAAACGAAUAGGAUGUGAUUUGUAUCAAACACGUAACUUUGCAGUCGGCACAUUUGUCCGAAAUAAGGAACACCUAAAUAUCGGAACAAUAGGCCACGUGGAUCACGGUAAAACGACAUUAACAGCAGCUUUGACUAAGGUUUGUAGCUUAUCAGGAGUAGGAGAAUAUGUGCCAUAUGACUCAAUAGAUAAAGCACCGGAGGAACGCAAGAGAGGAAUAACGAUCUGUGCAACCCAUGUGGAGUAUGAAACGGACAAAAGGCACUACGGCCACGUGGACUGCCCAGGACACGCAGACUACAUAAAAAACAUGAUAUCAGGAGCAGCACAAAUGGACGGAGCAAUUUUAGUGGUGUCAGCUCCAGACGGGCCAAUGCCACAAACAAGAGAGCACAUACUUCUGGCUAAGCAAAUCGGAGUGCCGAAGCUGGUGGUAUACCUCAAUAAAAUGGACCUGGUGGAAGACCCCGAGAUCGUGGAGCUGGUGGAGCUGGAAAUAAAUGAGCUGCUGUCGGAAUACAACUACGGAGACUCACCAAUAGUGAAGGGCUCAGCAACAAAGGCGCUGAUGAACGACGAGGAGAGCGUAAACAGCAUCAAGCAGCUGCUGGCAAAGUGCGACGAGUACCUGGCGACACCGGACAGAAAGGAAGACCUGCCCCUCCUGAUAGCAGUGGACGAAGUGCUGGCGAUCCCAGGAAAGGGCACGGUGGCUACGGGAAGAAUAGAGCAGGGGAGAGUGAAGGUAGGAGACGCAGUGGAGAUCGUGGGAGGCGGGAAGAACGCAAAAAAGUCGACGGUCAACAGCCUGGAGAUGUUCAGAAAGACGCUGAGCGAGGGCAUAGCGGGAGACCAGGUGGGCUUUUUGCUGAAGAACGUCAAAAGAGACGACAUAGCGCGAGGGUACGUGGUGAGUUGCCCAGGAACCUACUUCUCCUACGACUCGUUUGACGCAGAUCUGUACGUGCUGACGCACGAGGAGGGUGGCAGGAAGAACGGGUUCGGGUCAAACUACAGGCCGCAGGCGUUCUUGAGAACGGGAGACGUAAGCUGCACAGUCCACUUGCCGGAAGAUGUCCCACUGGCCAUGCCGGGAGAUAGUCUGAAGUGCACAAUUAAACUGUUAAACCAUAUGCCGCUACAUGAGGGACUGAGAUUUGCUUUGAGAGAAGGUGGAAAGACAGUGGCAUCGGGAAUUAUAAGCAAAUUGCACAAGUAA